AACUGUCUUUAGGAUGCACCAAACUCCUCAACACAGUUUCCUUUUAUUCCUUUGCAAUCUCCCAGCUUCCUGGGGAUGUUGUCAUCAAAAGAAGUCACUCUCAGCUGGGAACGGAAAUGAGAGUGAAUGCAGACCCCGCUCAUCAGGCAGCGGAGUUGGAAGGGGCUAUGGUUCCUGAAGACUCAGAGGAGGCCCAACUUUAUACAGUAGGGCAAGCCUUCUCUGCUACCUUGGGAGAAGGUGCGAGUCCCUGCUCUCCAGAGUGCAAGGGUGCAGCUGAGAUGCACAUGGAGCAGCCAAUAAAGCGCUUCCUGAAAGAAGACUCGGAGGAGGCUGAGCUGGCCCAGUUUCUGAAGGAGUUCCCUUCAGGCGAGAGCCUUAGGAAAAUGGAGCCAGAGGAGGGCAAGAGGGACCAGGGCCAAGGCCACAUAGAUACCAGCCCCUUCUCCAGUGUAGUCAGGGCCACUGCGGACGACCUGCUGGAUGAGAAGGAACUGAAGCCCUUCUCCCAGCCACAGCCCCUGGAUUUGCAGCAGCGCAUCAUGGCUCCAACACCAGCAAGCCCCUCGCGGCCUAGAAGCCCUUGGGGCAAACUCGACCCGUAUGAUUCCUCUGAGGAUGAUAAAGAGUAUGUGGGGUUUGCAACACUCCCCAAUCAAGUCCAUCGAAAGUCGGUGAAGAAGGGGUUUGACUUCACACUUAUGGUGACAGGGGAAUCUGGGCUGGGAAAAUCCACCCUCGUGAACAGCCUCUUCCUCACAGACAUGUAUAAGGAUCGCAAACACCUUAAUGCAGAAGAGCGCAUCAUGCAAACAGUGGAGAUCACCAAACACGUGGUGGACAUUGAGGAGAAAGGGGUCAAACUCCGCCUGACCAUUGUGGAUACCCCGGGCUUUGGGGAUGCAGUCAACAACACUGAAUGCUGGAAGCCAGUGUCUGAUUACAUCGAUCAGCAAUUUGAGCAGUACUUCCGGGAUGAAAGUGGCCUGAACCGGAAGAACAUCCAGGACAACCGGGUGCACUGCUGCCUCUACUUCAUCUCACCCUUUGGACAUGGCCUUCGUCCCCUGGAUGUCGAGUUCAUGCGAGCUCUCCAUCAGAGAGUAAACAUAGUGCCUGUCCUGGCCAAGGCUGACACCCUGACACCCUCUGAAGUGGAGCGCAAGAAAAGCAAGAUCCGGGAGGAAAUUGGGCACUAUGGGAUCCGGAUCUAUCAGUUCCCUGACUGUGACUCUGAUGAAGAUGAGGAUUUCAAGCUGCAGGACCAGGCUCUGAAGGAGAGCAUCCCUUUUGCUGUGAUUGGUAGCAACACAGUCGUGGAGGCCAAAGGAAGGAGAGUCCGGGGGCGACUGUAUCCCUGGGGCAUUGUGGAAGUGGAGAACCCCACACACUGUGACUUUGUGAAGCUCCGUACUAUGCUGGUAAGGACGCAUAUGCAGGACCUCAAGGAUGUGACACGAGAGACUCACUAUGAGAACUACCGGGCCCAGUGCAUCCAGAGCAUGACGCGUAUGGUGGUGAAGGAGAGGAACCGCAACAAGCUGACAAGGGAAAGUGGGACAGACUUCCCUAUCCCAGUUAUCCCAACAGUACCAGACUCGGAGACUGAGAAACUCAUUCGGGAAAAGGAUGAAGAGCUGAGGCGGAUGCAGGAGAUGUUGCAGAAGAUCCAAAGACAGAUGAAGGACUCUCACUAACCUCCCUGCCCCUCCAGCUUCUGCGCUGCACAGAAACUGGAAAUGUUUACAUCGUGCUCCAUCCCAUCAAAGCCAAGUUACAGUACUCAGUACAACAACACACCUGUCACCUUAAGCUGAUGCAAUAUCGCCUUAUUCUCGAACCUCAGCACUUUCCCUCCAGAAGCCUAGAGGAAAAAUGGCUGACACAUUGCAGGGCUCCUCUCUAUUGCCUUCCCUCGGCCUCCUGACUUAGAACUGAGCCUCCUCACUUCUAACAGUGGCUGCAAACCCACCCCUGAGACUCCAGGCAAUGCUUCCCCAUGGUUCAGCUGAGUUGCACCUACUUGCUUCACUGUGUCCCUUUAUGGUGAAUAUGUACAGCCUCUCUUAGUUCAAAGCACUCCUGAGGUGCACCUCAAUUCCCUUUCCGACAGACCACAGAAUGUCACUCGUUCUUGUCAGCAGGACCCUGCCAUACUGGGAGAUUGUGCAGACCUACUGCUUCAGGGGAAGUCGUAUGGGUGGCUAGUGGAGCACCGUGGCUAUGGCUGUGGGAGAGACCUGAGCCUUGGGCCCCCCAGUCUCCAGAUGGGAACUAGCAUUGUGCAGCAGUUCUAGAAGUAAAAUUCUAGUUCCCAUGAAUGAUGCCUGUGUCCUGGCACCUGGUUCUGCAGGGCCUCUGACCUGCACUGUAUGCAGUCACUUACACCAGGGCCAAGGCUAUUCUCCAAUAGUGCUGACCAGCAACAAUGACUUGGUGUUCAGGCAGAGGGGACUCAGGCCCUCAACCUCCUCUUCCAAACAAGCCUGGCUUUGUGAAUGAUAGCUGGACAGCCAACAUACAUUGUAACAUGUUUGUGAGCCCAGGUAAUCUGGAUGUCCUGGCCCUUGCUUCUGCCAUCAGCUAACAGCUUCAUGAAGGACUUGCCCAUGUUUUGAGAUCACUGGGUCUUAUUCUAUUUUCUGAUACAUGAACUCAUCCAUUGAUGCUUCUGGGUUCCAAAUGGAAAGCCAGGCAUAUUGGCCCUGGGAGCAAGGAGCACAUUGAAUCAUAGUAAAGUAGGGCUGGAAUGGGCCUCUGGUCCAACCCCCUGCCUGAACCAGCUGCUCCUAGGUCAUCCAACCUCUUCUUGUACAGCUCCAACAAUGAAGAUUUCACAACUUCCCUAGGCGGCUCUAUUCUACCGUCUCUCUGUUCUAACAGUGAAGAGGGUUUUUUUCCUGAUAUCCAGUCUAAGCUUACUUUACUGCAACUUUAAGCCAUUGGUCCACAACCUGCUCUCUGCAGUGAGAAAGAUAUGUUCUCCAUCUUGUUUAUGGCACCCUUUCAGGUAUUUGAAGACCGCUAUCAUGUCCCCUCUUAAGCACUUUUCUGCAAGUUGAACAUGACUAGCUCCUCCUCCUACUUCCUUUCAAAGCCCUUUAUCAUUUUUGUCACCUGACUCUAGACCCUCUCUAACUUCUCCACGUCUUUUUUAAAAUGUGGAGCCCAAAACUGCGCACAUACUCUAGGUGAGGCAUUACCUGUGCCAAGUAAAGAGGCACCAUCUCUUCCAGUGUCUUGCAUCUAAUGCUCAUAUUGAUACGGCCUAAAAUCACAUUCAGCUUUUGUGCAGCUACAUCAUGCUGCAAACCCGUAUUGAGUUUGUGAUUCACCAAGAUUCCUAGAUCUUUCUCCAAAGUGCUGCCAUCCAGCCAGUUGCCAUCCAUUUUGUAUAUGUGCUUUUUGAUCAAAGGUGCAGCACCUUACAUGCAUCAGCAUUCAACUUCAUUCUGUUCACUCCACCAUAGUUUGAAAUGGCUUCAGCCCCAGAAAGCCAGGUGACAUGGCAGUAAAUGUGCCCAAUUAUUUCUCUUCUAUGUGGAUGCAUCUUCAAAGCUGAACAUCAGGCAGUGCCUGCUUCGGGCCAUCCAACCUGUUCUGAUCAUCAGUGUAUAGGAGGUGUGUUCUGUGCAGCAUACCCUACACACAUCUCUUCUUCCCAAAGCAGAAUGGCUAGGUGAGUGGUGUGGGGCCCAUCUAUGGGUCAGAUUGGGCUGUGGGGUCCCAGCAUCACUCCCUCCUGCCCUCCAUGCACUAGGAUUGGGUCCCCGGGGGCUGGCACCACUCCCUCUCACAAAGAUUGGGUCCUGGGAAAUAAAUGGUCAGGCAUAGCCCAGGAAACAAGUGCUCAGAGAUGUCCUUCUAACACUGUGGUAUGGCUGUAGAGGAAUGCAUGCACCAGCCUCAGCUUCCUAGCUGCCAUGAGUCCAUGUACCUUCCUGGCAUAGGUAUUAAUUCGUGAAGACACUACAGGGCUCUCCUCCUGCCACACAUUCAUAUCCACACUCAGCAGGGCUCCCUUAGCAUGCGUACAGGCAUGCAUGAGCGCAUCUGUGUAUAGCAGGUAUCUAUUCCCUGGUACAGAGGGGUGCACAUACAUGUAUACACAGCAGACUCCCCUUCUGGCAUAGAUGCAGACACACACGCACAUAUGCAAGGCCUUCUUUGGAUGGGUACACGCAAAAGCAUACACUCACUGCAGGGUUCCCUUUUCUCCUCCAAGAAGCAUGAUGUGGGGGGCAGAGAAAGUACAACCUGUGUGUCUGCAAAAUUCAUGAAUUCUAAGCUCUUCCUGAAAUUCCCUGGUGAAGCUAGUGGCUAUUCCAUGUUCUGUCCCAGCCAGUCUCCUUGCCUUGUUCUGAGCAGCUAGAUGAGGACCUAGCUUUUGUCUCCCAACCCUGGCAAUUUGCCAGAGCAGGUAGUCCAGUCUCCAGCACACUGCAUAACAAUACAGGGCCACAACAGCUUGCAGCUUCUGCAAACCCAAUACCAAUUCCUUACUGGAGGUGCAUGGACUCCAUAAUCGAAUGAACCUUACUAGUGGAAAACAGUGAGCCCACCUGAGUCACAGAGUUAGCUGUUAAACUAAAUGGUUUAAAGACGAAGAUACUGUUUGGACUGCAGGCAGCGCACAGCAACACUACAGAUACAGUCCUGAAAAACCAGAGUAAACUUCCUAGCAUCCAUGCACAUGACAGGAACCAAAACAUGGGCAUGUCACAUGGACUGUAGCUCAUCUAUCUGGUGGCGCUGACAGCAGGGACAAGCCCGGAGACUGGGCAAGCCAUUUCAAGAAUGGGAACAAGCCUGUACUUCCUAUCCUCUGGCUCAGUGUCUCCCUUGGAACAUCUGGACCCAAAAGAAUCCUGGAAAAUCUCUUUCCUAGCCUCAGCCUGGACUGAAGAUCUGCCUUGUGGACCUGUCCUCACAGACCUCUGCACUGCAGAUGAAUUGCCCAUUCCAGGGGUGUGUAGAAAGUACUUUUCAUCCAGGUGGUUGGUAUCUCCUCUUCUGGGCAACUAGAGAUGGAAAACCAGUUUGAGUAAAAUGGUUAAACCUUCACCCAAAAUGCAAAUCAAACCUCUCAAAGCAUCUUUAUGCCUCCUUGGUUUUCUGGGUUGU